AUGGCACCAGUGCUCGAUCAACUGGCAAUUCGCGCCACCCUUUCGACGCGGUCGUUUGGACUCGGUGGACCUGCCUCUUGCAUGGCUAUCAUAAAUAUCGUGAUGACCAGCGUUGCGAUUGCCCUCGUCUUGAAUCGCGUGGUUGUUCGUAUGACAACAAGCAAGAAGCUAGCAUCAGAUGACUACGUUAUUAUCGGAUCACUGAUCGUCUGCAUUGCGAUGAAUGUUGCGAAUAUUGUAGCUGUCCAUCAUGGUUAUGGGCGGCCUUCAUCUGAAGUUUCGGAUGGUGACCUGAAAAUUGCUCUCGAGUUAUAUUUUGCGCUUCAGAUGCUUUACAGGGUGACCAUAAAUAUGACAAAGCUAUCGAUUCUCCUUCUAUACCGCAAAAUAUUCGACACUAAGAGAUUUCGAUUCAAACUCAUUUGUGACAUGCUUUUCGUCUACAUCAUCCUCUACACAGUCGCAACCUUUUUGGUCACGAUCUUUCAGUGCGACCCUAUUCCAAAGUCUUGGGUUAGAGAUAUUCCUGGGUCAUGCAUCAACGUUCCCGCAUUCUGGUACGCAAACGCGGCUCUGCAUACCUUGACCGAUAUUAUAAUCCUCAUCCUUCCUAUGCCGGUCAUUAAGGGGCUGAAGUUGCCCACAAGGCAAAAACUCGCUAUGAAUGUCGUGUUUGCCCUUGGAAUAUUCGUUUGCGGAACGUCAAUUGCACGCAUGGUUACUCUCAACGCCUCAUCUAAAGCUAGUGAUGUGAACGAAGGAACAGCGCUAUCGACGCUGUGGACAACCAUCGAAGCCAACACAGCUAUCAUAUGUGCUUGCCUUCCAAUGGCUGGGUUUGUUUUGGCGUUUAGGGCAAAUACGCGGAUUAUGGGCCCAAAAAAGGGCGGCGGAAACCGUGCUGGGCCCAAGAAGACCCCCAGCUCACAGCCGGCAGAGAUUUCUAUCUCUGACUUUGUUGCUGCCGGCGACAAAAAUGAGGCUAAAAAGUCGAAAGCUGGAGCCAAGUCCAAAGGGAAAGAUGCCGGGGGGGAGACAUCAACUACCAAUCCGGAGGAACCGAAGAAGCCUUCUGUGAGGGCUGUCAUAGGAGGCGCAUCAUGGACGGGGAAAUUACCGGUAAACAUGCUCUCUGAGCAUUGUCAAAAGCAAAAGUGGGGGAAGCCUGAGUAUACAAUGACCAAAACGCCUGAUGGAUUUUUGGCAGGCGUCGUCUUAAAAAAGGUCAAUCCGAAAACAAAUGAGACCGUGACCUUGCCUCCAUUUCGGCUGCCGCCAUCCCAUAAGAAAUUGGGCACGCAGCCAACGGCUGUGGAAGCCCGUCACUUUGCUGCCGCUUACGCCCUGUUCCGAGUAUGCAAUAUGCGAAAUUUGCACAUGAUGAUGCCCCCGACUUUCCGUGAUCUUUGGAAGGAUGAAUUUACAACGCUUAAAGCGGACGACGUCAAACAGGGGAAUGGGUGGAUGUAUGAAGCUGAUCCCUUCACUACAUUCCAAGAAAGAAAUAACGCCGCAGCGGAACUUGCACGGCGGAAGGAGCUGAAGGCAAAGGAGCCGCCAAAACAAACCGAAGACCGUGUUCAGCUCGGACUAACGUCUGGUGGAAGUAAGGGUAGCAGUAAUACAGCAGGCCGUUGGUUGAAAGCUCCAAAGGUUGACAUGGGAGACAAAGUUCGGAGGAGGGUUGAGGACCUUAUUCGGCAGAGAGCUAUCUGGAACCCCUACCGGGUCGAGAUACCCGAAGCUGGCAAAAGAAACAUUAUAAAUGAAUUCACUCAGCUUGGCUUUCGAAAGAGCCAUGUUGAAGAAGCUCUUUCAGAAUGUAAAGAUAGAGAGGAGACUCUUGAAUGGCUACUCAUUCAUAUCCCAGAGGACGACCUUCCCCCAUGGGGCCUCCCAGAGGGAUAUACAGCUGGCAUUACAUUGGCAAGUAGUGACCUCGCGAGAGAAUCUAAAAUAAAACGGUUGGCUGCUGCGGGAUAUUCAGCAGACUUAUGCAGCUCAGUUCUUGAUAAAUAUGGAAACGAUGAACGACUGGCUGCUGAAGCUUUGCAGCACAUGUUAAUCUAUAGUGAAGACCUCUCUGUCAAAACCGAUACCCCGAACAACGAUAAUACGGCUUGGGAGGAAGAACAUCAAACUUUAGAGGCUAUUUUUGAUACCAAGUAUAAGAGGCUAUCUCAAGAUGCAUGUCAAGUCAUGGCAGAACCUACGUCUUUGCCCCCUAUCACAUAUUCGUUUUGGAACCCAACGUCAGCCGCUUACCCAGACAUUCCUCCGGUUGUGGCGAUACUGACGAAAGAAAUACCGGCAUAUAUACGGUUGAGCGCAACGAGACAGGCAAUACGUUAUGCACUCAGUGACCUCCGGGGAGAGCCAAUGGUCUUCAAUAUAAUUGACUGGCUGAAUGAAAAUCUUCCUCGUAUUCUCGAGAACCCUGGAAAAUUACGAAACAUAUCUGUUGAGGCCGGUGACAAUGCUGGUGGCGACGAACAAGCGCCUUCAAUCACAAACCCCAGGUCGAAGUCGGCCAGAGGAAUGGUCUCCCGGCCUAAGAUGUCUGGAAGUGCUGACAUACGCCGUAAUUGGGAAGCUAAGCAAUCAACCCCGGAGCAACAGAAGAUGCUCAAGGCAAGACAAUCUCUACCAGCUUGGGAUAUUCAAGAUGAAAUCCUAGACCAGGUGUACUCGCACCAGGUGACAAUCGUCUCUGGGGAGACAGGUAGUGGCAAGAGUACUCAAUGCGUCCAGUUCAUCCUAGACGAUUUGAUCAGACGAGACCUUGGCUCAUCAGCAAACAUUGUCUGCACGCAGCCGCGAAGGAUCUCAGCCCUGGGCCUUGCUGACCGAGUCAGCGCAGAACGAUGCUCAAACGUUGGCGAUGAUGUUGGGUAUACCAUUCGAGGAGAUUCAAAGUCGAAGCCAGGUGUAACCAAGAUUACAUUUAUGACGACUGGUGUCCUUUUGAGACGCCUUCAAACAGCGGGUGAAAGCGUUGUCGAGUCCUUAGCCAAUGUUAGCCAUGUGGUCCUUGAUGAGGUUCAUGAGCGAGGCCUCGACACUGAUUUUCUUCUCGCUGUUUUAAGGGAGGCGUUAAAAACCCGAAAGGACCUCAAGCUCAUUCUUAUGAGCGCCACCCUUGACGCUAAUAUGUUCAUCAAUUACUUCGGCGGAGAUAAGCAGGUAGGGAGGGUCAAUAUUCCUGGGAGGACAUUCCCUGUUGAUGAUAUAUAUCUCGACGAUGUCCUUCGAAGCACUGGAUUUGCGGCCAGCAUGGGCUAUGGAGCCUCAGAGGAAAGCGAGAUAUCACUUGGUAAAACGAUUCAAACGCUUGGAGGCGGAAUUAAUUACGACCUCAUUGCGAGGACGGUGCAGCAUAUCGAUGCUCAACUAGGCGACGAACCUGGUGGCAUCUUGAUUUUCUUACCAGGAACGAUGGAAAUAGACCGAUGUUUAUCUUCGAUGAGGCACCUUCCUUUUGCCCAUUUACUGCCUCUACAUGCGUCUCUUCUACCAAGCGACCAGAAACGAGUCUUCAACGCACCGCCGCAAGGAAAACGAAAAGUGAUUGCAGCGACGAAUGUUGCAGAAACGUCCAUUACGAUAGAAGACGUCGUUGCAGUCAUUGAUACCGGUCGCGUGAAAGAAACCCGAUAUAACCCCGUCGAUAACAUAGUGCGAUUGGAAGAAACAUGGGCAUCUCAGGCAGCUUGUAAACAGCGCCGGGGCCGAGCUGGACGUGUUCGAAAUGGUACCUGUUAUAAAUUAUAUACUCGAAACGCGGAGAUGAAUAUGGCCCCCCGGCCCGAGCCAGAAAUUCGCCGUGUCCCGCUUGAACAACUCUGUCUCUCAGUAAAAGCGAUGAGAGGGAUUCAAAAUGUACCUGAGUUCCUGGCAAAUACGCUCACACCUCCAGACAAUGUUGCCGUCGGCGGAGCACUGCAUAUGCUUCACCGUAUUGGUGCUCUUGACAAUGACCAAUUAACUGCUCUUGGUCGAUAUCUAUCGAUCAUCCCGGCUGACCUGCGUUGUGCUAAAUUGAUGGUCUACGGUGUAAUUUUUGGGUGCAUUGAAGCAUGUCUAACCAUCGCGGCUAUCUUGACUGUCAAGAGCCCCUUUGCAAGUCCAAGGGAGGCCCGUGAGGAGGCAAAGGAGGCUAGAAGUUCAUUCUCCAAUGGAGACGGAGAUCUUCUAACUGAUCUGGCCGCGUAUCAGCAAUGGACAGAAAAGAUUCGUGAACAAGGAUACCGAAAAGCCCAAUUAUGGUGCCGAGAUAACUUCCUCCUUCCACAGACUUUGCAAGAUAUCUCGUCAAAUAGAGCUCAGCUCCUUGGAUCAUUGAAAGAUGCUGCACUUCUUCCGGUCGAAUACAAGGACCCCGAAAGCCAAGGUCGAUGGAAUCGACAUGACAAAAACUCCCAGCUACUCCGCGCAUUGAUUUCGGGUGCAUUCAAUCCCCAGAUUGCCUCUAUCUCGUUCCCAGAGAAGAAGUUCGCAGCUUCAAUGACGGGAACCAUCGAACUUGACCCUGAAGCGCGCACGAUCAAAUACUUUAAUCAGGAGAAUGGCAGGGUAUUCGUGCACCCGAGCUCGACCUUGUUUGAUGCACAAGCGUUUUCAGGAUCUGCGCAGUACGUGAGCUAUUUUACAAAAAUGGCGACAAGUAAAGUCUUCAUUCGGGAUGUGACGCCAUUUAACUCUUAUGCCUUGCUGUUAUUCACUGGGCAGGUGACGCUGGAUACUCUAGGCAGAGGUGUGCUGGUUGAUGAAUGGCUUAGACUUAGAGGAUGGGCUCGGAUUGGAGUUCUGAUUUCUCGGCUGAGGAUGAUGCUUGAUGAAGUAUUGAGGCAAAAAGUUGAUAAUCCGAGUCUCGACGUGGGCGAGGACGAAGUGAUCGAAAUCGUUCGUCACCUUGUCUUGCUUAACGGCCAAGAUUUCUGA